AUGUUCCGAAGAUCCUUCCGUCUCAUCAUUCCAACAAUUUUCUCCCUUUCCCUCGUUACCCUGCUUUCGCAGACCACCUUCACUAACCAUCUCGCCUCGCUUUUCGUAAACGAAACUGCAAACCCCAGCAUCCAAGCUCCCUACACUCUUCGCUCACCUAUCCCUCUCACCCUCUUCAACUCCCUCUUCGCCCUCUUCCUCUCUACUUCCCACACGCCAUUACACAACCUAUCCGCCGUCCUCGCUUUUCCAUCCGGCACCCUAUCAAUUCUCCCCAUUCUCUACUCCCAAUCCUACACCCUCUACAUCAUCACUCUCAUAAUCCCCUACACACGACCCCUUUGGCGCCUCAAAUACUCACCUCUCUUUCUCUUCACCGCCUACUGGGUAUCCUCCUACUCCUUCAUAUCUACCAGCGGCCUCCUCCUAGCCGAUUUUCUCCUCCUGCCCAAUUCUCCCCUCCUCACUAUUUCCGCCGCCGGAUUCCCAUUACCGAAACGGAUUACCAAAAAAAGAAUUCCAUCUUGGAUUCCUUAUACAUUCAUCCUUUUGGUUGGUAUCGGACUGCAAUAUUUCUACACCACUUCGAACGCAGCACUAGAAGCAGCAAAUGCGGAGUUGAAAGCUCAUACGGAUAUUUAUGGGUCUUCGGGUGGAUUAAAUACCACUCCGGAUUUGAAGGAACAAACGCCUAGGAUUGCGGAUUGGUUGGUUUUGUGCGGAGGAUUUUUGUUGUUGGAGACGAGAACCUCGGUGCAGAAUUUGUGUAAAAAUGCGGUGCUGGCUUCGCUGGGGAGGAGAAGUUUGAGUUACUUCUUGACGCAAUCGAUUUUCAUAUACUCGGCAGCUAUUCCUCUAUAUCUUCAUCUUGUUGUGGAUAAGAAUGUUUCGGGAAUAGCGGCGACUUGUAUUUCUUUUGUGGUUUCGAUUUUGGGGACGUUGGUGUGUGGUGAGAUCUUUUACAGGAUGGUAGAGAUUCCGAGUUUAUGGGCGGGUGUGUGGAGUUGGGAUUGGAUUAGGAGGUGA